GUUAAAGCGAAAAAAAAUAAAAAUUUCACAAAAAUACAUAUAUAUCUAUAUCUAUCUAUCUAUCUAUAUAUAUAUAUUUAUUUAGCAUCAUCCAGGUGCACAAUAUGGGUCGACUAUCUCUACCUUCACUAAGAUUUUUCAUCUUACUAAUUAUUACAAUUCUAUCGAUAAAUAUCUUGCAAACGGAAUGCCGAAAGAACGUACUCUCCCAUGCUACCUUUCCACUAGAGGUGCAGAAUGCCAUCGGUUGUGAUAUUUGCACCUACGCUAUGACGGACCUUUCGAUUCAGAUUCAGGCAGAGCGCGAAUAUAAGAAAUCCAACUCUCUCAAGUUGAAUGAGGAUGAUGUUCUCGAGAUCAUAGGUGAGCUUUGUGUCCCCUUCACAGUGAGGGGCGAGUGGAUACGUCGCGUAGCCUUGCAAAUACCUUCCUCAACUUCUAUCACAAACAAUUCAGAGAAUAAUCCCGAGAGCGAUGGGUUCACUAAAAUAUUAGAUAUCUACACAUCCUGCAAGCGUACCUGCCGUUCAGUCCAAGAAGUGUGUGAAACGAUGUUGGAAAGUGAAGAAAUGGAUCGUCUCAGUGCAAUUAUUCUUGAAAACAGCAAUAUAUAUGCCAAUAUUUCAGACGUGAAAGUCAUUAAUGGGUUGAUUCGUCAAGUUUGCAUACCUACGCAUCAAUGUUUGAAUCAUUUGGAGUACAAAAAAGAACUCACGCACAGCUUGAACACGAUGACGAUUCAUGGCACCUUACUUGAACAAAUUCUGUCAGAUACAACGGAGGAAGUCGGAAAACAACUAAUGGAACUUGAGAGCAUGAUGUAUUCAGCAGGUGACGAUGAUAGAAAGAAACCUGUAAUAAUUACUAAAGACGAUAUGGAAAAACUAAAAAAGGCUUACAAGUCUGGUGACAUGGAAAUGGCGAAAGAAGUGGAUCCAAUGGCAGACGAUUUGAGCGAGGAAGAAUUAGAGAAACUACGCCACAUUUCAGAUGAGGAAGAUGGUGAUAUGUAAUAUUUAAACAGAAGGGUCUAAAAUAGGUCAUUAUUACUAUAUAUUUUGGUAUCUUUUGUGCAAAGGAAUUAAGUGUGUUUUUUAAUUUAAGUGACGCUAUCAACAAUUUUUUUUUAUUUAGGGAGAAGUGAGGUCAUAUAAUAUU